AUGUGCGUAUGGAAGAAAGUGCUUUGUGAAAGAAGGAGCAGUAGAUGCCAGGAGGUACUGGAAAGGUAUCAAGUGAAUUACUGCGGUCAGCACCACUCGGUCGACGAUGCGGAGAGGUGGAUCGUCGAACGUGAGGGAACGUGUAAAUCCUGCGCCUAUCCAUCCCACCCGAUAAAACCAGGAGGUGUCAAGUCCCCAGAUACAAGACCUCGUGUCCUGAAGAUACCAUUUUUGCGGCCACAUGCGAUUACCACCGCCCAGCCAAGCAACACGUCCCAAUCACAACAUCGACAGGUCACGGGGAUUGGAAUAGGUCGGCGGCUCCGAGAGUGUAUGGUCGGCGAUGGAUGGAGGUCUUCCGUCCCAACCGUUGAGAUUAUGCUGCCUUGCAACGGUGCGAUUGAUCUGCUCCCUGUCAUGCACCAGAUCGGUCUGUUGAGGCCGGAUAAGGAGACCCUUCGGGAGGAAAAUGAGUCAAUCAGCCGACAUCGACGGACCAAAAAGAAAAUGGAGAAGGCUAACUCUAGGCCGAGGAAAAGAUUUGCAAGUUCAGAACGAGGUCAAUGUUCAGUUAGAGAAAGAAAGUCGAGGAAGUGUGCAUCGCCAGAGGAGGGCGAAAACAAAGCAACGGCGAGGUGGCGUCUGCGGCAGGAUAGGACAUAA